AGAGUCGGUCCGGACGGCGGGCGGCGCGGACGCGCGCUACGGCUCUCCACCACGUCUUUUAGGGGGGGAAGACGUCGUUCAUCCCCCUUUACCAUCAGUUAUUUUUAUUUUAUUUGUUAGCUUAACCGAUUACACCCCACACAUAAUUAUCGUCAACAUAUCCCCUCCCCCCCCUCCACCAAAGACGCGCGGCGCACGGCGGAUUCCCGCGUCAGCCCAAGGCUAUGGAGGAAGAACUGGACGAGUUCAACAUCCACGUGGCGCGCUACCGACCCGAGGAGCUCGCCAAACUCGCCCGGACCACCAAGUUCACGCGCAAGGAGAUCCAGCUCAUGUACCGCGGCUUCAAGCAGGAAUGUCCGACGGGUAUGGUGGACGAAGAAUGCUUCAAACACAUAUUUUCUCAGUUCUUCCCCCAAGGCGACGCCAGCCAGUACGCCCACUACGUGUUCAACACAAUCAAACACAAGCAGACGGGUAAAAUAAGCUUCGAGGACUUCCUGGACAUCCUGUCGAAGGUGUCGCGCGGCAGCGUGCAGGAGAAGCUGCAGUGGAUCUUCGGGCUGUACGACCUGAACGGCGACGGCCUCAUCUCCAAGUCGGAGAUGCUGGACGUGGUCACGUCCAUCUACGACAUGAUGGGCCGCUCCACGCUGCCCGCCGUCGAGGAGCACUCGGCCAAGGAGCACGUCGAGAAGAUAUUCCACCAAAUCGACCAGAACAAGGACGGUGUGGUGACCAUCGACGAGCUGGUGGCCUGGUGCUCGCGGGACGAGCAGAUCCUGCAGUCCUUGGAGACCCUGGACACCGUGUUGUGAUCUCGCUCGACGCUUUUGCGUCCGUCGGCAACACGUCUGCGUUCUGGGUGACAAGACCAAAAAAAAAAAACACCCAUGGCCUGCCCGCCAGAAGACAUCCCACUUCUGAGGUGUCGCGUUUCGGGUGCCACCACCAAGAGUUCCGAGACAGCAAAAGCCAAAAACAGAGGACACUUUUACAUAUCAAAAUAACCCGACAGAUGCCGACGCACAUUUUCCGUACGUACUACAGGCAUUUGUAAUUUUCUUCCACGUUUCAAAUACACGAAACUUUCAGUCUGCAAACUUGAGACCACUUUAAAAAUAUAUAUAUUAGCACAUUAUUCCUUAGGUACAUUCGAAACACUUGUAAAUUGUUUAUAUGUUCAGAAAAGAGAAUGAAACAGAACCAAUGGAGCAAGAAUUUCUGUUAACAGAUACAAUUUAAAAAAAUCUAAAAUCUUUUAAAAUAGCACCAUAUUUCAAAUUUUAAAAAUAUAAUUUUUACAUUACAGUUAUGUACAAAACGUCAUUGUGUGAAAACACAAAUGUGCUAGUUUUUAAUUUAAGAUUAUUUAUCACUGGUAUGAAAUAAUCAGUUAUUUUAAUCUUGAGAUGAAAUGGUUAUUCUUGGAUAUUUAUAUGCAUAUACCUAAUAUACAAACCAUUAAAGAACUUAUGUCUAGGUUUUACGUGUCCUUUAUACGAAUUCGUUAAUACAUAUUUCAAUAAAUAACUUCAAAAACAUUUCUUAUAACGUA